GCACUUCGUUAGAGAGUAGCAUGUUCCAUGCCACACCACAAGAACCCCACAAUGACAUAACUCCAUUCAGAGACUGGCGUGACUGGGCUGGGUUUCCCUCCCCCCCCUCAGCUCUUGUAUCACUAAGAAUCUGGCAGCCAGUUUCGUCCUGACAGAGUUUACAGCAUAUAUUGGUGGAUUCUUGUCCAUAGUGCAUCUGCUUUAAGAAUUAACGAAAGCAGUGUCAAGACAGUAAGGAGUCAAAACAUUUGCCAAAAAUGAAUCUAGGUGUGUUUACUCUCCUCUUGGCAUUAGUUGGUGGUGCCAAUGGCUACUACUAUGAUGAUUACGAUUUCCCCCUAUCGAUAUAUGGGAGGUCAUCACCAAACUGUGCACCAGAAUGUAACUGCCCUGAAAGCUAUCCAUCUGCCAUGUAUUGCGAUGAGCUGAAACUGAAAAGCGUGCCAAUGGUGCCUCCUGGGAUCAAGUACCUUUACCUUCGGAAUAACCAGAUUGACCAUAUUGAUGACAAGGCCUUUGAAAAUGUAACUGAUCUGCAGUGGCUCAUUCUGGAUCAUAACCUUCUAGAAAAUUCCAAGAUAAAAGGAAGAGUUUUCUCUAAACUGAAACAACUGAAGAAGCUGCAUAUAAAUUACAACAAUCUGACAGAGUCUGUGGGCCCCCUUCCCAAGUCUCUGGUGGACCUGCAGCUCACAAACAACAAGAUCUCGAAGCUUGGCUCCCUCGAUGGACUGGUUAACCUGACCUUCAUCCACCUUCAGCACAAUCAGUUGAAAGAGGAUACUGUUUCAGCUGCCUUUAAAGGUCUUAAGGGACUCGAGUACCUUGAUCUGAGCUUCAAUCAGAUGACCAAACUGCCUUCUGGUCUCCCAGUAUCUCUUCUAACUCUCUACUUAGACAACAACAAGAUCAGCAACAUCCCUGAUGAGUACUUCAAGCGUUUUAAUGGGCUGCAGUAUCUGCGUUUGUCUCAUAACGAACUGGCUGAUAGUGGGAUACCUGGAAAUUCUUUCAAUUUAUCAUCCCUGCUGGAGCUGGACCUCUCCUAUAAUAAGCUUAAAAAUAUACCGACUGUCAAUGAAAACCUCGAAAACUACUACCUGGAGGUCAAUGAACUUGAAAAGUUUGAAGUAAAAAGCUUCUGUAAGAUCCUGGGACCAUUAUCCUACUCCAAGAUCAAACACUUGCGCCUGGACGGCAAUCGCCUCACCCACACCAGUCUGCCUCCUGAUAUGUACGAAUGUCUACGCGUGGCCAACGAAAUCACUGUGAAUUAGUAUCUACUAAUUCCAGUUAUGUUGAGGUAUAUCCUCGAACAGCAUUUUAUGGUUAUGUUUAUUUGUGUGUCAGUUUUAUAGUAUUCAUUUUGUUGUUGUUGUUUAUUCCUUGAAUUUCAAAUUCUGAGGGAAAAUGUUUUGUAAACAUUUGACUACUUUUAUAAAAGGAAAGAUGAAAGGCAGGCCUAUUUCAUCACAAGCACAGACACAUACACACAUAUAGAAAACAAACUUAAUGCUUUCUUUGUAAAUUUAGUGUUUUCUACAUCCUUACUGUCAAAUGAUGUGCAAAGCUUUUUACUGGUUUCAUGGAAGUCAGCCAAGUUUUUUCAUUCCUAAACUUUAAUUUAAUGUGCCAAAAAGCAUGGUUACAUACAUAUGGAUGUUUCCUGUCUUAAAACAAAUUAUCUCAAGGUUCAAAUUUUAAUGUUCAAAUUUGUUUAGCUGAAAAAUAGGUGGUAAAUUUCCAGACCAAUGAUUUUGCAAACUACUAGACAAAAUUCAUGAAGCCAUAUACACUUAAAGCUGUAUUUUUAGUGUCACGAAUUUAAUAUACUUACCUAGUGAAACUCUUCUUUUCUAGAAUUAUUUUUUUCAUUCUAAGUCAUGUGUAUGUUUCUUUUUGAUUAUUUGCAUGUUAUGUUUAACAAGCUAAUACCAAAAUAAAACAUAGCAAAUGGCA